UCAUGUAUAAACUCAUCGCCAUGGAAAAAAUCACUUUUUCUUUCUGAAAUAAAUGAGAUGACAAGAGUAUCUUUGAUCUUUGGUUUUUUCUGUGGAAACUGAUGCUGCUUCAAGACAAAAGAAUACCCUAGAUUACCGCGAAAAAGAGAGAGAGAGAGAGAAAAACAAGUAAACAUAAAAAUGGUCAGGUCAAAGCCAAUAGAUGUGAAUGGGAAAUGGCGAUAGGGGCAAUAUUGGCAGGUAGCACCACAUCAGCAAGCUAAAUGCAAAACACCAAAUCCAAAUCUUAAUUAAUGUUCUAUUACCAACAGUAACAAUGAACCAAGACCGUGUUAACAAUGUCAUAGUAAAAAUCACUGUAACUCACUGGCAUAAGGAGCGUCACGCUCACUCCCUUUUCUCGUGCCCCUCUUCUAAUUCUUCUCUCAAAAGGACUGAACGAAAAAACCUUAGGGUUCCUCUGUUCUUCUUCGCCCCCAAAAAAAUUUUCUGGCUCAGAGAAAUUCAACCGUUCUCGCCAUUGCCGAAGCUCCAACUCCUCGCAUUUCCAACUCUUCACCCAAAACCCUUUUUGUUGGAACAGAGUUUCACAGAGACCCUUCACAACAUGGCAAAAACGAGGCCAGGCAGAAAAGACUUGGAUUCCUACACCAUCAGAGGCACCAACAAGAUCGUAAGAGCUGGGGACUGUGUGCUGAUGCGCCCCUCUGAUACGAGCAAGCCACCGUACGUGGCGCGCGUGGAGAAGAUCGAACAGGAUAGUAGGAACAACGUGAAGGUGCGUGUGAGGUGGUAUUAUAGGCCUGAAGAGUCUAUUGGAGGACGCAGGCAGUUCCAUGGAGCAAAGGAACUGUUUUUGUCUGACCAUUAUGAUGUUCAGAGUGCUCACACAAUUGAAGGGAAGUGUAUUGUGCACUCUUUCAAGAAUUAUACCAAGCUUGAGAAUGUAGGUGCUGAGGAUUACUAUUGUAGGUUUGAGUACAAAGCUGCCACUGGGGCUUUCACGCCUGACCGUGUUGCUGUGUAUUGCAAGUGCGAGAUGCCUUAUAACCCAGAUGACCUCAUGGUGCAGUGUGAGGGGUGCAAGGAUUGGUACCAUCCUGCUUGCGUGGGCAUGACUAUUGAAGAAGCAAAGAAAUUGGAACAUUUUGUUUGUUCAGAAUGUUCAUCUGAUGAUGACAUGAAGAAACCCCAUGCUACAUUUUCUGUAUCACCAGGAUCUGAUGUCAAGGUUGAGCCAAAGCGGCGGAAGAGAUGACCAUCACGAAGAAUUAACUCAUCUUGCGAAUGCAACUCUUGCUGAAUUUCGCGGGCUAUGUGGUAGCUGUUGUGUGUGUAUUGUACAGCUUCUACCAGAGGCUAUAAAAACAUCAUUUUAUGUAUUUGACUCAGGCUAUGUAUGUAUUGGUCUUAGAUUUAUGACAGACAUUGAUCUGUUUCCCUUGUGUCCAGAUAGAGUAACUCCUGUCAGUGUUAAUGUUUGAACAUCAGGCCUUGAAUACUGGAGUAAAAAGAAAUGAUCAAUUUUCUGAAAUUUGGAUUCC